CAAAGGAGCCAAAGAGGAAAAGAAAUGGAAAACCGGAAAACCCCGGGGGCAUCGCGCCAUCGCCACCACCACCACCUCCGUCUCCACGCCGCCGCGCGGCUAAACCCCAGCUAACCCCCACAACCAAAUGCCUCCUCCUCACCUCUCCGCCGCCGCAAAACCCUAAACCCCUCCGCCGCCACCAUGCGCCGCCUCCCACCCCUGGCCCGGUCCGCCGCCGCCGCGGAGUCCACCUCCACCCCGGACGUCGUCGCCGAGCUCGGCCGCAUCCUCUCCACCCGGCGCUGGAACAAGGGCCGCGCCUAUAAGCGCAUCGCCCCCUCCGUCACCGCCGCGCACGUCGCCGGCCUCUUCCGCGCGGACUCUGCCGCUCCGGAGCCCGCCACCGCGCUCGCCUUCUUCGAAUGGCUCGCGCGCCGCCCCGGCUUCCGCCACACCGCCGACUCCCACGCGGCGCUCCUCCACCUCCUGUCGCGCCGCCGUGCCCCCGCGCAGUACGAGAAGCUCGUCGUGUCCAUGCUCAAGUGCUCCCACACCGCGGAGGACAUGCGUGUGUCCGCCGAUGCCAUUCAGGCAAUCCGUCGAACGGGUGGCGCACGCCUCGCGCUGUCCCCAAAGUGCUACAACUUCGCCCUUAGAUCGCUGGCGCGGUACGACAUGACGGAUUAUAUGGGGAGGGUGUACUCGCAGCUCGUACAGGAUGGUCUGUUGCCGGACGGAGUGACGUACAAUACCAUGAUUAAAUCAUACUCCAAGGAAGGUAAUCUCACCAUCGCGCACCGGUAUUUCCGACUGUUGCUGGAUGGUGGAUUGGAGCCAGAAACGUUCACAUGUAAUGCAUUAGUGCUAGGGUACUGCCGAGCGGGUGAAUUAAAAAAGGCUUGCUGGUUAUUCCUGAUGAUGCCGCUGAUGGGUUGCCAGAGAAAUGAGUACUCCUACACUAUUUUAAUUCAGGGACUCUGUGAGGCACGUUGUGUAAGGGAGGCACUUGUGCUGUUCUUGAUGAUGAAGAGAGAUGGCUGCUCUCCAAAUGUGCGCGCGUUUACAUUCUUGAUCAGUGGACUUUCUAAGUCAGGUAGGGUUGGUGAUGCCAAGUUGUUGUUUGAUGCAAUGCCUCAGAAUGGUGUUGUUCCAAGUGUUAUGGCAUACAAUGCAAUGAUUGUUGGGUACUGUAAGUCAGGUAGGAUGAAUGAUGCAUUGAAGAUUAAGGAGCUGAUGGAAAAAAAUGGCUGCUACCCAGAUGAUUGGACAUACAAUACUUUGAUUUAUGGCCUGUGUGACGGGAGGACAGAAGAAGCCGAAGAAUUGCUGGAUAAUGCUGUCAGGGGAGGCUUCACACCAACAGUUGUUACAUUCACUAACUUGAUCAAUGGGUAUUGCGUGGCUGAAAAGAUUGAUGAUGCACUCAGGGUGAAGAAUAGGAUGAUGUCAAGCAAGUGUAAACUUGAUAUACAAGUUUUUGGAAAGCUGAUAAAUAGCCUCAUUAAGAAGGAUAUGCUAAAAGAGGCUGAAGAAUUGUUGAACGAAAUUUCAGCAAAUGGUUUAGUCCCAAAUGUCAUCACCUACACAUCUAUAAUUGAUGGAUAUUGCAAGAGUGGGAAGGUUGAUAUUGCGCUAGAGGUCUUGAAGAUGAUGGAACGUGAUGGUUGCCAGCCAAAUGCCUGGACGUACAAUUCUCUGAUGUAUGGGUUAGUUAAGGAUAAGAAACUUCAUAAGGCAAUGGCUCUAAUAACUAAGAUGGAAGAAGACGGGAUAAUUCCUAACGUUAUCACGUACACCACUUUAGUUCAAGGUCAGUGUGAGGAACAUGAUUUUGAUAAUGCUUUCAGGUUAUUUGAAAUGAUGGAGCGGAAUGGUUUGAACCCUGACGAGCAUGCAUAUGCUGUCUUAACUGAUGCACUGUGUAAAGCUGGAAGAGCUGAAGAAGCUUAUUCAUUUCUUGUUAGAAAAGGAGUAACUCUAACAAAGGUGUACUAUACUACUUUAAUUGAUGGUUUCAGUAAGGCAGGGAAUACUGACUUUGCUGCCACCCUUAUAGAGAGGAUGAUUCAUGAGGGUUGCAUACCAGAUUCAUACACAUACAGUGUACUACUGCAUGCUUUAUGCAAACAAAAAAGACUGAAUGAAGCUUUGCCAAUACUGGAUCAGAUGUCUCUCAGAGGGGUAAAGUGUACCAUUUUUGCCUACACAAUACUAAUUGAUGAAAUGCUCAGAGAAGGAAAGCAUGACCAUGCUAAAAGGAUGUUCAAUGAAAUGUCCUCGUCGGGCCAUAAGCCUAGUGCUACCACAUAUACUGUAUUCAUUAAUUCAUACUGCAAGGAAGGUCGACUGGAGGAGGCUGAGAAUUUAAUCUUUAAAAUGGAAAGAGAAGGUGUUGCUCCUGAUGUGGUGACCUAUAACAUAUUCAUUGAUGGCUGUGGGCAUUUGGGAUAUAUUGAUCGUGCAUUUUCUACUCUGAAGCGCAUGGUGUGUGCAUCAUGUGAGCCAAGUUACUGGACUUAUUGUCUUUUGCUCAAGCAUCUUCUAAAGAACAAUCUUGCUAAUGUUCGUUUCAUAGAUACUUCUGGCAUGUGGAACUUGAUAGAGUUGGAUACUGUCUGGCAACUUCUUGAAAGGAUGGUGAAGCAUGGUUUAAAUCCCACCGUAAUGACAUACAGUUCUCUCAUUGCAGGAUUCUGCAAAGCUAAUCGUCUUGAAGAAUCACACCUCCUUCUAGAUCAUAUGUGUGAAAAAGGUAUAUCUCCCAAUGAAGAUAUAUACACAUGGCUUAUCAAGUGCUGUUGUGAUACCAAUUUCUUUGAAAAGGCAUUGUCGUUUGUUAGCGCCAUGUCAGAUUAUGGCUUUCAACCUCGACUCGAGUCCUACAGGCUUCUUAUAGUAGGCCUUUGUAAUGAAGGAGAGUUUGAGAAGGCUAAAUCUCUGUUCUGCGAAUUGCUUGAACUGGGCUAUAAUCAUGAUGAAGUUGCAUGGAAAAUUCUAAAUGAUGGUUUACUCAAAGCUGGCUAUGUUGAUAUAUGUUUCCAGAUGCUGUCUGUUAUGGAGAAAAGAUUCUGUUGCAUUAGUUCUCAAACAUAUGCAAUGGUGACAAAUAACAUGCAUGAAGUAUCCAGUAGCCUUGUUAGUGAAGUCAGAGGAGAAGCUAGCUGACUAAUGUUGGCCUUCAUGCUGAUAGAUGUUAUAUUUCAUUGGCCAUUCUUUUCCUUGCUGUGCAAGUUGAGUUAAUUGCAUGCUUGCUAUAAGCCUUACUCAACAAUCUUGAUGCAGCAUUCGUCUAGAACUUGCUAUCCAAUGGGAGCUCUUCCUUAUGGAAGUUACAACAUUUUCUGAUAUUGCGGUUGCUGAGUUAACCUUGUGGGUAUACUACAUAGAUUUUGAAUACCAAAGGAAUCCGGUUAGCCCCCUGUGGCCGUUUCAUGGCAUAAUUGAUUGAGCUAAGACUUCUCAAUUCUUACCAAUUUGGUGAAUGUAGGGCGUGUUUGAUUCAUUGGAUAGCCUUCUUAGUGGGCCAGGAACUCCUUCCUAUGAGAGGAGAGCUAAUUUGGUUCUCAUUUAAAAGCAAGGAAAUCAGUGCUUUGCCUGAGAGUAAGGCUAAGACAAGGAGACCAACUUUCAUCACCGCUAACCUUGGUAGUUCAGGGACGAUUUAACUGCAAUCUGAUGAUAUGAACAGUACAACAUUCAGUAAGUGUGUCAUUUGGCUGGUUAAGUCCCAACACAUGUUGGUCAAGUUGACUAGUUCAUCAGAAAUGAGAUUUUCAUACCAAUUCCUGAUCAAAUGAAAAACAAAGCUCCAUUGCAAUUGAGAGUUAUUAUUCCCCGCAGAUAUUCACCUUUGCAUCAUGUCACAUACUCACAUUAGAAAUUGUAUAACGGUUGUCAUCAUUUUACGCCUACAAUGAACUGUGCUUCCGGGUCCAAGAGAUCACCAUGUUAUCAACUGGCUGAAAGCCUGCUCUCUAUUCCGUAGACCAGCUGGGACACGUCGUGGAGGCAUAAAAUCUGGUGCAAAAAUACAACGGUCGACUUGAAAGAACUAAAAUACGUGUUAGAUAGGGUGUAGGUAAUAUAUUUACUGUAAGGAAUUAUGCCUACGUAAAUAGAUGCACUUAGCAUUUUUUUCCUUCGUAUUGUAAGCUCAUUCUUUUGUUUCUUGAAAGUAUCUCCGCAACGUGCUAUACAUUUAUUAGGGAGUAAUAAGGGCAGGCUUAGUAAUCAAACAUGGCCACAGCUUUCAAACCCAUUGGCUAAGGUGUGGCCAAGAAUUUGUAUUUGUAAUGGUGAUAUUGGGCCUCUGGUUAUUAAACUGUGGAGUGGCAACCAAAUAAACAACUGUCAGAAAGUUUGAUAAUGUUUCGAAAAGUAUUUGGCACUCAA